AUGGUGCCCAGGCUCUUAUGUAUUUUCAUUGCCAAUACAUUGGAUACUUCUGCCUUCAGAAUCCAGCGUACGGGAAGUGCAGGUGAAAGCAGUAACCAUCAAUGGCCAAAUCCUGGUUUAGAACAUUCCAGUGUUUCUUUCUUCUUCUUUUUAACACAAAGUCAUUCUUCUUUUUUUAUGUAGAUAAUUGCCACGAUCGCACCGUGCAUUUCAGGUCCACUUUUGUACUGGCGGGAGAACCAGUGGUCCUCAAAUGCCCUCCUUUGAGAUACAAACAUAUGGAUGCUUUUGAUCAGCCCUUGAAUCUCACCUGGGGGAAAAAUGGUUCAGCAACAAUUAUCCCUGCAGGAUACAGAAAAACAAGAAUACUCUUACAAGAUGAUGCUCUUUGGUUUUUGCCAGCUUCCAGUGAGGAUUCUGGGGAGUAUAUCUGUACUCGAAGGUAGGCAUUCUAAGGCACAAGACUGUUAGCCUAGGCUACAUAGGGUUAACCAGAUAACAUGCAUAUUCAUGCAUCACUGAAGACUUACUGGCAAUGGAUUUACAAGACAGAUCUGGGGUACUGUUUAUCAAGUGUUGGAGCAGGUAAUAUACAUUGAGAAGUAAGUGUUCUUUAGAGCAGAGACUAAAUGCAUUGGAUUAUUUUUUUUGCUGCAACAUAUCUGAGGCCAUCUUCAUCCACAUAACUUCAGUGUACCAAAGGUACCAUAUUGUACCCAAUAUUGGUGUGUGUGGCAUGUGGCGUGCAUACAUGUCAUAUGUGCGACUCGCAUCUUCAGGGGGAGGCCAAGCAGGGAGCCCAACAUGGAACAGCUUCCUCUCUCGCGCUCAGGAGGAGCCAGCCAUUGAACUGUGCUGUGCAAGGCCUCCUCUACCCCCUCAACAUUAAGGGGACCUGAUCCCCUGCCAGCAAAUAUUAAAGGGGCCAAAGACCCCUCUGUCCCCAGGAGUUGGCACACUUCAGUAUAGCUAUUCUUUCAUUUCUAAGAACAAGGCUCAGAUCCUAUAACUGAAGCUUGGUGUGACUGUCACAGGAAAACCAACUCCCCCAAAGUCACUGUUGCAUUAUAAUAAUGUUUAGCUGCAUUGGAUCAUGUGGCUACUUCCAACUCAGGCAUUAUUGUUCCUGAGGGAAGUGCAGCCCUUGCAAGAGAAGAAACGACAUGUUACAUCCAUCACCAAUACAAUGUGAAGCCUAGCCACAAGAAGAUAUGGCUCCUCAGCUCUGGACAUUAUUAUUAUUAUUUUUAAAUGGCAGUCAUAGAAUGUGGAAGUGACUUACGCUUCCUUUCUUUGGCACCCUUGUUUCAUGUGUGGAGUGAGGAGGACAGUCAUGUUUCUCCCGCAAGGGGAUGUCUUGAACUCUGUGUAUGUCUGGCACUACGAGGGAUGCGGGUGGCGCUGUGGUCUAAACCACUGAGCCUCUUGGGCUUGCCGACCAAAAGGUCGGCGGUUCAAAUCCCCGCGAUGGAGUGAGCUCCUGUUGCUCUGUCCCAGCUCCUGCCAACUUAGCAAAGAGAUAAACAACUACCUGACAUUCAGAAGACAUCUGAAGGCAGCCCUAUUCAGGGAAGUUUUUAAUGUGUGACAUUUUAGUGUAUUUUUGGUCUUUGUUGGAAGCUGCCCAGAGUGGCUGGGGAAACCUAGCCAGAUGGGUGGGGUACAAAUAAAUUAUUAUUAUUAUUAUUAUUACAGUUUGAAAGCAUACCAGUGCGAGUAGAUAAAUAGGUACUGCUGUGGUGGGAAGGUAAAAGGUGUUUCUGUGUGCUCUGGCACUCAUUACAGUGUCCCGUUGCACCAGAAGCAGUUCAGUCAUGCUGGCCACAUGGCCCGGAAAGCUGUCUGUGGACAAAUGCUGGCUCUCUCAGCCAGAAAGUGAGAUGAGCACCGCAACCCCACAGUCGUCUUUGACUGGGGUCCUUUACCUUUUUUUACCUUUACCUAUGCGUGUGGCACUUUGAUCCCCCCCCGAUAAUUUCUGCUGAGAGUGAUACUGACGCUGUUGAGCCUGAUAGUGACGAAACAGCUCUUACACUACCGCUGUGCAAUAUUUUAGCAGUCUCGCACAGACAGAAAAGUGUCCCAAGGUUGCUCAGUAGAGAAACACAGAUGUGCUCAGUGUCCUGUGGCGUUGCAAUGUACUUGAUACCAGAAGUUACUCCACUGAGUGGAAAGAGACAUGUGCAAUGAAAAGUAUGCAAGACUUCCAGUGUAAACCUCAGGGGGACUGGCAUACGUGCAGAAAGAGGUCACUUAUUGCAGAGGAUAUGUAAAUGAUUUUUUCGGUGAAAAAGUCAGCGGCUCAUGUCGUUUUCUUUCAUAAUGUCAUUUCCAUUAUAAUGCCUCUAUAUUAAUCCCACAAGCAAAUUCAUCUGGAAGAUAUUAUGUCCAAAUGAAAAAUCCAAGUCAGUUCCUUGCCAAGUAAUCAUGAGCAGAAUAACAUACACCUUUUUCAGCCCAGUCCUCAGGUUGCAAAGGACUUGCCUUUAUCACAAAUGUAAAGGUAAAGGUAAAGGGACCCCUGACCAUUAGGUCCAGUCAUGACCGACUCUGGGGUUGCAGCGCUCAUUUCGCUUUAUUGGCUGAGGGAGCCGGCGUAUAGCUUCCGGGUCAUGUGGCCAGCAUGACUAAGCUACUUCUGGCAAACCAGAGCAGUGCACGGAAACGCCAUUUACCUUCCCACCAGAGCUGUACCUAUUUAUCUACUUGCACUUUGACAUGCUUUCGAACUGCUAGGUUGGCAGGAGCAGGGACUGAGCAACAGGAGCUCACCCCGUCGCGGGGAUUUAUACCGCCGACCUUCUGAUCAGCAAGUCCUAGGCUCUGUGGUCUAUCACAAAUGUAGGCUGGUUUAAUAGUUACAGCUUUUGCUCAAGGAACAGGAAACAACAAUUUUGUCAGGGCUUCUAAGGACAGAAAAUCUAUGUGCAAACUAACUUAUUUUCAGAAGUUUCUAUACCACCAAUAUUAAGAAAAAAUAUAUGGUGAUGAACAGCAUAAAAUCAACCAUACAAUUACUUAAAAAAAGAGAAAGAAUUAAAAUACAUCAGAAAUCAGCUUGAAUUGUAUAUAACACAUCAAUAUAGCUGGAUCUUUUAGACAAUGUACAAACCUGGGGCUAUUUCAAACAUUACACCAAAGAAGGGCCCCCAUCAGGGAACAAAUUCCAUACUCUCUGCAGUUGGUGACCUUGGCUUCUCUUCUGCCUCAGAUAAAAUAUUUUAAAUGUUUAAUCUAGCUUUUAAAAAACAACACACACCCUGAGCUGUAUUCAAUGGUGGCUUUGCAUUACAGGACUGUUUAUUAGUUUUUUUAAGCAGAUUUUUCCAACUGCAUAUAUUCCUCAUCAGACACUCCACACAAAACAAAACAACAAACAAAUCAAAGGAACGCAAAGUGUGCAUUGCUUACACCCUGGUGGAAUCUAGACACACAGAUAUAAAAUGCUGUGAAAAUUCUUUAAAAAAAAGUUUUGAAAAUAUAUAUUGAAUUUGCCAUAAGCUCACCAUUGCCAUCUAGUGCCACAUUUGUAUAAUGCACUUAAAACACACUUAAAGCAUUAUAUUUGCAGCUGCAUAGCUGAGUCCCCAGUAUCCGUGGCAGUUUCUCCAUAGGAGUCAUAGGUCAUGUCUAUUAUACAGCAUCUAAAGGGCAACCCAAUGGGCCUUGCAUUGAUGUGAAUCCUAUCUCUGUGACACUUACACCGGUGAAAGGGCCACUGGAUCAUUCUGAAGGUUAUCUGUCUAUUGCUGCAGCCUGAUCAAACUUGUGCUGCCAAUAUCAGUACCUCUCAAACAGCUGGGCUUCUCCUAUUUUCACCAAGAUUGUCAUUUAAACGCAAGUCAGCUGAUGGCUUUAUUGAUUCCUUUUAUACUGAAGUCAAUAAGGCAGAUUUUCAGUUCUGGCUGUUUAGCUCACAAGAGGAAGCAGGACAGCUCCUGAGUCCUGACAUCAUAUGGCAGAGGUUUUCAGCCUUUUUGAGUCCACGGAUCCCUUGACCAACUACAGUGGUACCUCUGGUUAAGAACUUAAUUCGUUCUGGAGGUCCUUUCUUAACCUGAAACUGUUCUUAACCUGAGGUACCACUUUAGCUAAUGGGGCCUCCUGCCGCCACUUUGUGAUUUCUGUUCUCAUCCUGAAGCAAAGUUCUUAACCCGAGGUAAUAUUUCUGGGUUAGUGGAGUCUGUAACCUGAAGCGUAUGUAACCCAAGGUACCACUGUACAUUCUUUCUGUGGCACCCCUGUGGGCUCAGGAGCCCAGUUAUGUCACCCCUUGCCUGCAGAGCUGGCAGCCCCUCACCCUUUUUUCAAACACCCUCCCUUGUGGAGUGUUCCCUCAGCCUCCUCUCCCCUCUCCUUGGGAGUCCCCUGGGCAGCUGCUGCUGGUCUUUGAGCUGCCCUCCCUGCCCCAAAGAGAGCUGCCCCCCAGAGGCAACAUUCCCAGGUGGAGCUUAUUGCCUUGGCUGCUGCAACAAACAGCCACACAAGCCUUUGAGAGGAAGAUGCGAGAGGGCAUCAGAAUAGGGAGGGGAGGCAGGAAAGGGGGACAGAGGCCAGAGUUGCCCGCAGCACCCCUGACCAUCAUUCAAGGCUCCCCAGGGUGCCAUGGCACCCCGGUUGAAAACUACUGCCAUAUGAUAUUAUUGUUUGUGUGUUUGUCGAGUUAGACGUACAGGACACUCAUCUGAGUAAAAAAGGGGGUGGAAAUGAAGCCGGUUCCUGCCUACAACAUCCCUGUACAGUCUCUCUCUUUUUUAAAAAAAAUAAUUUUUAUUAACUGGCCAAUCAAAUCACAUUAAUUCCAAAUCACAUUAGUUCCAAAUUAUACAGCCAAAUUUUUAAAAUUUUGUUGGGGGUACCCAUACUUCGAGCUCCGAAAGGGAUCCAAACAUCACUCUUGCUGCUGCUUUAAUUACACAGGUCUGUCCAGUUCUGUCCAGAUAGUCUCUUUGUUAUUUUCCUCAUCUUCUUGUUGUUAUCAUAUAUUCCUUUCUUUGUGAUCUCUGAUAAUCUUCACAAGUGGGUUGAAAACAAACAUAUCCUGUGUGGAUUUUACACUCUCCAAGAACCAUAUCACAUAAAGGACAGAUGCCAUUUCCACACCUCCGUCAAGAACAUUCCCACAGUCUGUCCGUUGAUUUCCACAGGCCUGCCAAUCUGUAUCUCAGGGGGCCCUGCCAGGUCAAAUUCACAUUCUGAUGACCAUGGUCCUCCUCCCCCUCGUCCUCCUGUGGGCAGGCCUGUCUUCAAGAAUCUCCAUUUGUAACUGCGUCACAAAGCUUUCUUUCCAUUCCCGAUGAUUCCCACCAGUCCUCUCUUUGAUCAGUAAUUCAUUUCCACACAGUAUCCCUGUACAGUCUCAGAUACAAACCUUGGCUUGUGCUUCUCCUCAUGAGCAAGGAACUUUAAACAACAACAACAAACAGUCUCCAGCAGCUAAGGAUCUCUUCUGUCUGUGAGUGUCUUCUUGCUCAGUCCUUCAGUCCUGGUUCCGCUAACUUGUUACUGUACAGUGGUACCUCAGGUUAAGUACUUAAUUUGUUUCAGAGGUCUGUUCUUAACCUGAAACUGUUCUUAACCUGAAGCACCACUUUAGCUGAUGGGGCCUCCUGCUGCUGGCGCGCCGCCGGAGCACGAUUUCUGUUCUUAUCCUGAAGCAAAGUUCUUAACCUGAGGUAUUUCUGGGUUAGCGGAGUCUGUAACUUGAAGCGUAUGUAACCUGAAGCAUAUGUAACCUGAGGUACCACUGUAAUGGCUUAUUGUUAGUUGUCUCUCAGGUUAGAGAAACAUCACAAGACAGACCUCUCCCCCACCCGCUCUUUCCUCAAGGCUAGCAGUGCUUUGUCCUUCCUUCCCAAACAAUUUUCUCAAUUUAUAGCGGCUGCUGCACAAGCUCAGGGAGACUUCCUGACUGACAGCUACUCAGCUUAAAAGACAGAACUGUCGGCUGAGGCCCACAGAGCUUCUAGACCAGGGGUCAGCAACCUAAGGCCCAAGGGCAACAAUCGGCCCACGAGGGUCAUUUAACCAGCCCACAAGCUGCCUCUGAACUGAGCCGGCUGCUCAGAGAGUCCCAAUGUGCUGCGCUAAACCGGCGCAGUGCAGAGUGGGGACUCACUUUUGUGGCACUGAAAAUCAUGUCUGCGCAGGAAAUCAUGGGUGAGCAUGGGAUCUGGCCCACGGAGGGAUCUCUGCUGGAGUGAACUGGCCCAGGCAAGGUAGCCCUUGCCGACCCCUGCUCUAGGCAAAUAACUUGAUGCCCCAAACCUAUUUUGAUAUUGCCAGGUAUACUAAAAUCUUAAUAGAUUUACCAAAAUAUGUCUAUAAAAUACUUUCUAAUUGUCUAAAAAUACAUUUGAAUGAGAUGUAUCUACUGAUAUUUGUCCUUCUGCAGCUUAGCGCGCACACACACACACCACAACAAAGCAGAAAUAAGCUCAGUACAAUUUGUUCCUCCUGUCGGGAAGCCAAUCCAAUCCAAUCCAACCAUAUUGGCACUUGUGUUCAGUGUGCUCUGAAAUCAACAGGGUGUCUGUGUGUGGUUCUGUUGAGGUCCCUCAGCUAGAGUAUUUUGUAUUGUCUGAAGAAUCAAGUUGCCAACCAAUGAUGCUUUUUCAGAGGGCGGUGAUUUUAGUGUCCUGUGUGUACUUAAUUGUUCAAAAUGGUUAAAUCUGAAUAAUAAAAAGCAGUGGUGGGUUAUGGUGCAAUGAUAAAUCUUCCCUUGUUGUGUAUGAAUGUCGUGUUUCUUCUUCUCUCCCCGUGCCCAUUUGCCCUCCGCCUGCAGGAAUUCUUCUUACUGUGCUGAUGUGUCUGUUCAUCUCACAGUUGUGGAGAAAAGCGCUGUUCGAAAUAUUUCCUAUCUCCAGAAGGCUUUCACAUUUAGUCCUGGAAAGGUUGUCUGUCCCGCCUUGGAGAGUUUUGUACAAAAGAAUACAAACUACGAACUCAAAUGGUACAAGGUAUUAUUAUGGGUAAUUUCUUCAUGGCAGUUUGAACUUGGACUUCCAGUAUCCAAACCCACAGGGGACUAUCAUCUGCAUUGCACUCAGAACGAAAGGCAGAAUAAUAUAAGACGCUGACAACAUGGUAGAAAUUGCACAGGGUCCUAUGCUGGGUUAUGACAUGCCUAAGCCCAUUCAUUUGAAUUGCCAUCUUAGUGUAAUUGUGGCCAACUCUGCUAAGGCCAGGGAUGGGGCUGCUAUGGUCCUCCAGGUGUUGCUAGAUUUCCACCAUCUGCAGCUGGCAUGACCAGGGGUCCAGGAUUAUGGGAGCUGUAGUUCAACCACAUCUCAAGGGACAUAAAUUAACCAUCCUUAGCCUAGGAUCAGAUUAAUCAGCUGUAGCGUUGAAAAAAGACCUUAGAUUAUGGUGGCCUGCAGAUGUGCUCUUGAGUUAAAGCUUUGAUACAAUAGCCUGAAAGUUUCAUUAGGUUGCUUUGUUUGUAGAAUAUUUGCAUUUAAGAUGACAAGCUGUUUUCGCAAAGAAGAGGUCCAUCAUGAGCUCCCCCCCAACCCCCCCCCAAAUGUUCUUUAUGUUUAGAGGCAGCAUAGCCUAAGGUUACCAGAUGUCCCUGUUUCCAGGGGACAGUCCCCGGAUUUACAAAUCAUUCCCCAUACAAAAUCCUAUCAUUCCUGCUGAAGUUGAAAAGUGUCCCUGGAUUCAUUGAAAAAAAUCUGGUAACCUUAGCAUAGCCCUGAACAUCAGAUACUGAUGCCAAAAGAAAAGGUUGUUGCCAUUGUGCCUUGGUUAUGUCCAGAAGCAUGUUAGACUCAGAGUGCUAGACUAGAUACAACAUUAGUUCUGGUGCAAGAGAACCAUACUAAGGUGAGGCCAAAGCCUGAGGCUAUUUUGUUUUUUUGGAACUGCCCAGCACUUAGUUUAGUUCACCAAAACUAAUUUCCUCCUUUUUUCUUGAUUAAAGCCAUCCACUCUGUCCAAAUUCUAAACUAACCAUUUUUCACGUGUAAAUUUUAUUGAAUUAUGAAUGUGCAUGGUGCACAUUUAAUUUUGACACUAAUGACUUGGUAACUGGAGGGCAGUAGUUCUGAAAUCCUGCAGAGCCCUGCUAAAUUUAUCUGUAGUUUAUAGCCCUUUCACCAGAAACCAGGUCUGUCAGCAACUGACUAGACCAUGAGUUUUUAUUUAGUGAUAAUAGUGUCUGGCCAAUAAUGGAAAGUGAAACCCAGUAUCACAAUAUCAUUUUACAAAGUUCUUCUGGAAUCGUGCCAAGUUAACUUUGUGAUGGAGAACUAUUUUGAUCAGGUUCGCCUGAGGAAUUUGAUCAUUGCUCAUUCUGAUAUAAACUGACCUAAUCUGCAAUUCCUGGACUGACUAAUGUAUGGAUCAGAACAUGCCCGUCAGAUCUCACACUUCUCCAGGUGCUGUUGACAUAAUUUUCGAUUCAAUAUAAAUUAUCAGAACAUGUUUAAAGAUACAUAUCUGGAGAGAAAAUGAAAUGCAUGUUUUAAGAGAAAAUGCAGUUGAGAACAAGCACUUAAAUGUUGAUUUUUGUUCAGAUUUUUAAUAAAUAAAUAAAUAAAACAUUAAUGCACAUAUGGGAUGGAAAAGUUUUCUGGGUGAACACAUGUGAAAGUGAUAUGGACCAGAAACGGAGGCUUGUCCUCAUUUAAUCUAUCAUUGGUUGAUCAAUACAAUAUGGAAUUUUCCACUUACGCUGCCACUACAACAGUUAGUCAUUAUUGUGUAACCGUGUGGCUUAUUGCAAGACUUUAACAAAGAGCUCUCUCCUUUCCUGGCACCACACGGAAACUGAAGAGAGUCAAAGUGUAAACCAAAUCAUCACACUUGCAAACCCUGCUUAGUUAAGGAAGCCAGCUUCAUAAUCCAUGGUUUGUUUGUUUUUUAAGUUGGCCUGUUUUGAAACUGGUCAGAGCUUGUUUUAAACCACUGCCCUUGGUUUGAAUGUAAUAAACCAGGAUUCGUGAAAAUGAAAAUAACUCUUAUUCCGACUCUGUGGGGGGAGAAGGAGGGGGAAAGGUGUGAGUCUGGUGCUUACUGCAAGAUCCUCUGUGCUCAUGAACACAGUAAUAAACAGUGGCAUUUAAGCUUUAUGUGGACAUUGUGUAUAAAAAGCUUAUUUGAGGCACUUUUCUGCUUUGGAAUCUGUCAGGAAUCAGACCCCUGCCGCAGUCUUCCCAGUGUUUCAUGGCCUUUCCCAAAUGCCAUCAUUGCUGCAUCAAUGGAUGUUAAACUAGCUCAGUGACAUUAAGAAUUCACUGAAAAAAAUCACCUUAAGACUUCUUGGCACUGAAGCAUUGUAUUUCGCCACUAAAUGUUCCGCUGCCCAUUUUAUUUGUGUACUUUUAUUUUUUUGUUUCUAGGACUCAACACCUUUGGACAUUGACAAUAAAAAAUUUGCUGUUUUGAAGGGCACAAAUUAUCUCAUCAUAAACUCUGUGUCCUUGGAUGAUUCAGGCUACUAUACUUGUCAGCUGACGUUUCGGCACGAAGCGGGACAAUAUAACAUCACCAGGACCAUUCAGUUAGAAACACUGGGUAAUGUUUACUCUUGAACUACUAAAGUACGCAAUGAUGAGCAGGACUGUACAUACAGAUGAUCCACUUUCCUUUGCUUAAAAAAAAACAAAUUUGGCAUGAAGUAAACUUUGAAUUUUCCACAUGGAUCAAUUAUACAAAUGUGCAGAUUGUUGAAAUAUGCGUAGCAAGGAGUCAUUGCUCAGAACACAAGCUAUGCAAACGAAAGGUUAAUCUGUGGCAUUUCUAUGCAAGGCAGGAAAAGACUGCAAACCUGGAGAGCCAUUGCCGGUCAGUUUAGACCAGAGGUGGAGAACUUAUGCCCCAUGGACCAGAUGCGAGCCAUGGGGCCUCCCCAUCUAGACCCUUACCGCUCCACAGGGAGUUAUUGAGACUUGAAAACAGUUCUCUGUUGUCACUAAAAGAAGGCUACAGUGGUACCUCAGGUUAAGAACUUAAUUCGUUCUGGAGGUCUGUUCUUAACCUGAAACUGUUCUUAACCUGAGGUACCACUUUAGCUAAUGGGGCCUCUCGCUGCCGCCGCGCCGCCGCCGCCACGCGAUUUCUGUUCUCAUCCUGAAGCAAAGUUCUUAACCCGAGGUGCUAUUUCUGGGUUAGCGGAGUCUGUAACCUGAAGCGUCUGUAACCUGAGGUACCACUGUAUUUUUGAAUCUCCUGUGUGGGGCUGAAUUUUAUUGUAUGGGGUCACCAAUGGGAAGGAAGAGGGUAACCCUCUUCUCCCCAUGUAUCGUCACAGCCCAAAACACUCUUCUGUUGAGGUCAAAAGAAUGUCUCCCUCAGGGUCAGAAAAGUUGCCCAACUGCAGAUGCACGGGAUAUGCACGUCCUGACUCUAAAACAGCUUUCCUAGGAUGUAUUUUGGCAGCGAAAGAAAAGACUCCUACUCUUUCUCAUCAUUGCAACUGCCAAUUGCUAAAGCCCCGAGCUUAUCCAGCACAACAUUCCAGCUAUUUGCUUCCGAUAAGAGCUUGAAAUCGUUUCAGAAGAGAACUAAGAUCGCUGGCUAGUGGCCAGUGGAAGUGUGAGGAAUUCACAGCCUUUGUGGGAGGUAGAAUGCUUGUGGCUUAAAUGCCUCCGCUUGCAAAACCGAGUAAUUUAUGCCAAAAGAGAGCCCUGGGAGGUGAUUUCCAUUAGCUCGGGGAAUGCAAUAUUUAACUAAUAGUGGGAAAGGGUAGACAAAUACACCUAUCUCACUUUCCCCUUUUUAUUUUUAAAUUUGUACAGGUUUCUUUGUCUGCUGCUCUGUUAAAUAAAUAUAGAUAUAUAUGUUAAAUUACCUGUUAGUCAGUACACAGGCUGACCAGCAGGGGGUGGUAGUAUGCUUAAUGUGUUUUCAGAUCAAUGUAAGAACUGCACAUUCUUCCCCCAUUUCAAUUCAUUUUAAAGAAGCUGAGAACCUCUGAAAAUUUCACAGAGCAAAGAGAGAGGAAAGAGAGAGAGAGACAAGAUCUCUGAAUGCACUGGAAUUCUGGUCGAUGUUCAUUCUGGUGAUAACAGUUACAUUUCAGCCGUGCCUUAUUCUUUUGAGAGAGGUUACUUCUUUAUCCUGGUAAAUAAUGGAAACUAUUGCUGUAUCAGAAAAGCGGAUGUAAUUCUCUGCAACAUCUUUUCUCUGAACUCUCACUAGCCCAAAAGAAGAGAAGCCGACCUGUGAUUGUCUACCCAAAUGAAAAGAUUACAUUAGCAGGUCUCGGUAAGGCCAACAAUUUAUUCAAGUCGUUUCUGAAAACAAAGUACCAUUACGUUACAAAAUAAGAAUUAUAACUCAGUUUUAAAUUUCUUACCAGUGGGUUUAAGUACUAUAUUAGUUCCAACCAUAAUAACAGCUAAUGGUGGCUUUACUGACUUUGCUAUAAUUGUGGCAGAAUUAAUAAUGUCUGUUGCAUCCUGAGGAGUAUCCACAAGUCAGCCUUUUGCGAACAGGGCCAAACCAAACUUACACAUAUUGUGUCAUGUCAUGAUUUCCCCCCCUGCCCCCCUUGUUCCUUCAUGUCUUCAAAACUGAGGAAAGGAGUGGAGGAGCUGAACCUUUUCCUUGCCAGUUAUUUGGGCAGAAACCAGGCUGGUGUGAUUUUGAUUGAACAAACAGCUGGCCGGACAUGGUGACCACUCAACCACCUGUGGCUUCCAUGUAUUUUAAAACAAAUGGAACAAGUACAACUUGAAUACAGGAAAAUAGGUUUUUGGCUCUAAUUCUCCUUAUCCAGGGAUCUUUCGAAACUGAAGUUCUGUCUAGGGGUGGUGUAGGGGUCUAGGUGUUAGAGCUCUUAGCAGAUCACCCUCAUCAAACUACAAUUCUCAAGACAUUUUGUUGCUUGCACUUGCUUUCUUCUUUGGACAACACUUAAAAAAGUCUUGGCACUUUGUUCCUCUACCAUGGUGUCAAAUAUAUGGUCCAUAUCGUUGUGAGAACCUAUGCACGACACUUGAAGUAGAAAAAAAGAUGACAUAGGUGUAGUGCAGAAAAGAGUGUUCUGUAUGUUUGGGGAAAAGUCAUCAAUAUGGAACACUUAUUUCUUCUGUUUAAUAGCUAUUCCGGAAAUGUAAGAAUGUGUGUGCUCUUUGGAUAAACCAGUUUUGCGAAAGAAAUGAAAAAGCCACCCCCACCCAUUAUUAACCUAAAGGUUUUCACCAGACCUCCUACCAAAAUCUUUUUAUUUCUAUUAAAUUUCUAUAUUGCCCUUCAUUUGAGGAUCACAGGGUGGUUUACAAUAUAACAACACUGAAAUGCAUACUGUUAAAAAAGAAAACAAUACUGUCCGCCCCCCGCCCCGGCACAGUUUUAAAAGGCUAUAUAUUGUUUAAUUAGCCAAAGGUUUGGGAGAAGAGGAAUAUUUUUGCCUGGACCCUAAAGAUAUGUAAUGAAGGCACCAGUCAAGGCUCCCUGGGGAGAGUGUUGCACAAGCAAGGGGCCACCUCAGAAAAGGCCGCUUUGGUCCUUGAAGUAUUGCAGUCCUGAGCGGUUUAAGGCUUCAUAGGUCAAAAAUAGCACUUUGAAUCAGACCUGAAAACUGGCUGCCAGUUCAGUCAGGCCAGGAUUGACAUUAUAUGCUCAUACCAUCUUGCCCUGUUAAGCAACCGCUGAAUUCUAUACCACCUGAAGUUUCUGAACCAUCUUCAGAGGCAGCCCCAUGUAUAUAACACAUUGUGGCAACCUAGAGGUCAAAAGCUGGCUGGGAUAUGGAGCCCAGAACCUGAUCUGAGAUGUGUGCUUGUCUACAAGCGGUCACAUAUACCGGGUCCUAAGAAGAAUUGAUGCAAGUUACAGGGACUCUGGGUAAUUUGAACCAAGAACCUCAUGGUCUGGGUGCCUAGCCUAGUGAGCUACCAUGGAUUCUAUGUGAGCAAGUCUUCAAAUGUAGAAGGAAAUGAGGAUGUCACCAUGACCUCUGCAAUCGAUAGGCAGUAGGUUUCUAGGUUGGCCUCUACUGUUGCUAAAUCUAGGCUGUUUUUUCAUCUUUUUUAAAAAUAAUUUGUAUUAAUUUUAAACAAAUUGUAUCACCAGUCAGACAAUUUUACAACAACAUGUGUAAUUUUCUUGCAUCUUGCUAAUCAUUUGGACAAGUACAGAUGGUAUGUAUCAAAGGGUUCACUGUGUUCUCAAGACUAACUUGGCAUAUUUGCAAAAAAAAAGCGUUGAGGAAGUGAUUGGUAUUGCUAAAUAUUUGCACGAGUUUGAAAGCGAUUUCCUUUCAAACAAAGCAUAUAUUUUUAUUGUGCCUUCAUGGGAGAAGGAUAUUUUGUACCUAAUGCCCUGUGAAGACAGGGCCAUCUCCGGCUGAUACUGUGCUUUUGAAUGAGAUCCAGCAAAUGUCAUUAAAAAACCCAAAAACUUCUCUGCAGCAAUAAAAUAUUCCAUGUGCAAACAAGUACAGUGACUCAUGCUAUUCUAGGCUAUUGGAAUGUUUGCCUUAGUCAAGAAGGAUGUGGUUAAGCUGCACGUUGCUGGCUAGCAUAAAUAGAAAGGGUCAUCAGCUAAACAAGCUUGACUCUUAUUGCUUUAAUUCUGUAAGAAGCUGUUCAGACUCUGCUCAAAAACUCACUUGCCACCAGCAUCUCUUCCAACUCCUCUUUUUGGGAUGUUGACUAAAUAAGUGUUUUUAUUUUGAGGCUUCAGGCAUCUCUGGGAAAUAUUGCUUCUGUGGGCUGUUGUUGCUCAUCCGGGGGAUGCCUGAGGUAUUUCACUCAGCCAGGACAAUUAUCUGUCACUUUUGCCUUGAGAUUGUUGGGGUUGGUUGCAUUUUAUUGAUCCUAUUAGAUUCUUGUUAGCUGAUGAUAAAAGCUCUGGAGUGUGGCAGUUGUUUAUUGCAAUGCUCUAGAGCUGAUCCACCUAUUUCUUGGUUCCCCUACUAGGCUGGAUGAUUGGUCAAAAAAGGCUUGGUCAAAUGUCGCCAAAUAAUGCUCAAGUAUGGGUUAAACCACAGAGCCUAGGACUUGCUGAUCAGAAGGUCGGCGGUUCGAAUCCCCGUGAGGGGGUGAGCUCCUGUUGCUCGGUCCCUGCUCCUGCCCACCUAGCAGUUUGAAAGCACGUCAAAGUGCAAGUAGAUAAAUAGGUACCGCUCCGGCAGGAAGGUAAACGGCGUUUCCAUGUGCUGCUCUGGUUCGCCAGAAGCGGCUUAGUCAUGCUGGCCACAUGACCAGCUAUCUGCGGGCAAACGCUGGCUCCCUCGGCCUAUAGAGCGAGAUGACCACCGCAACCCCAGAGUCGGUCACGACUGGACCUAAUGGUCAGGGGUCCCUUUACCUUUUACCUAUUUUUAAAGCAUUCUUUUUAUUAGGACAUUCAGUGCUAUUUUCCUAGAAAAAAGAGGUGCUAGAACUCACCAUGAGUGCCUCCUUUGUUCUCUUAUAAUGGUGAUACAUUUCUUUUGUUGUGACCCACCCUGAAUUGCUUGGUGAUGAAAAGUGGAAUAUAAAUCUUAAAAAUAUAUGAAAAUUGUAAGCUGCUGUCUAUACUGUGGCAUUCCUGGCACCAUGCAGUGUUUAACGACAAUAUUUGACUGGCGUAUGCCAAGUGCUGAACUGGAUGCCCAAUAUUUGCAUUGGAAGUGGGCCAAGAACCAAGACAUUUGCAACACUUUAAGUGUCCACAGGUAAUCAGACUCCAGAAGAAGUGGUGUGAGAAUUGUAUUUUCUUCUUCCACCUGUUUUACUAAAAGCAUUUACAUUUAUUUACAUGAUAAAUAAUGACUAAUUGCUUCUCUGGGUAGACUUAUUGGUUUAUUUAGUUCAGUUUCUAACAUACCUUUCCCAAGGAGUCUGAUUUGGUAACAAUUAGAACAAAGGGCAUACAAUAAAAACAAAAAUACACCUACUUAAUCCUGGCCGUUGAAUGUCAGCUGAAAUAAGAAUGUAUUGAGCUCUUCAGAAGACUUAAGAAUUAAGGAGUGGUGAUAUCCAUUAUUGCUCAACAUAGUACUCAACAUUUGUUUGUUCUUACUUCCAUGUAUCCUUUUAAAACUAGGUUCUCGACUGACAAUGAUAUGCAAAGUGCUUACUGGAGAAAGCAGCCAUUUUUAUACUGAGGUUUGGUGGCUAGCCAACAAGACUUACAUUGGUAGGCUUUAUCAAAAGGGCAGAGUUACAGAAGGAGAACGUCAGUAAGUAUUAUUACGCUCACCCCAAUCUCUGAGCAGUGAGAGGUGCCAACACAUACCUUGGGUUUAGUUUCUUUAAAAUGGAGGUCACUUGAGAUAGCAGUAUCUUUGGGAUAUGUGGUUCUAUUUACACAUAUAUACACACAAGAUGAAAAGGCUCACAGCAUUAACAAAUCUUGCUCCUCUGUUAGGUUUCUAGCCACUACCGCCCUGCCAUAGCUUUGGAUUCAGCAAUGAAAAGGAAGCGUCUCUGUGUCUCCUCCCAUCCCAAUUCAAUAUGAGGCCGACCAUUUUUGUGUAGUUCUCUUACACUUCAAGGGACGUAGGUGGCGCUGGGGGUUAAACCACAGAGCCUAGGACUUGCCAAUCAGAAGGUCGGCAGUUCGAAUCCCCGGAACGGGGUGAGCUCCCGUUGCUCGGUCCCUGCUCCUGCCCACCUAGCAGUUCGAAAGCACGUCAAAGUGCAAGUAGAUAAAUAGGUACCGCUCCGGCAGGAAGGUAAAUGGCGUUUCCGUGCGCUGCUCUGGUUCGCCAGAAGCGGCUUAGUCAUGCUGGCCACAUGACCCGGAAGUUGUACGCCGGCGCCCUCUGCCAAUAAAGCGAGAUGAGCGCCGCAACCCCAUAGUCGGCCACGACUGGACCUAAAGGUCAGGGGUCCCUUUACCUUUUUACUUACACUUCACUUUGGCAUCACCUCCAGCUAGCCACCUAACUGUAACAUCAUUUAGCUCACCAGCUUCUCCACAAGAAUAUCAUGGAGGACUUUGUCGAAUGCCUUACUGAAAUCAAGAUGUGCUACAUCCCCAGCAUUCCCCUGAUCCACCAAGUCUGAAACUCUAUAAAAAAAAAAGAAAUACGAUCAGUCAGGCAUAAUUUGCUUUUGAGAAACCCAUGCUGGCUCUUCGUAAUCGCAACAUCCUUUUCUAAGUGCUCACAGACGGACUGUUUAAUUAUCUGUUCCAGAACCAUUCCUGGUAUCGAUGUCAAGCUGACCAGUCGGUCAUUUCCCGGUUCCUCUUCCCCCUCCUUUUUAAUGCCUCCAGUCCAUGGGGACUUCAUCUGUUUGCCAAGAAUUUUCAACGAUUAUAGACAGAGGCUCUGAGACUGUAUCUGCGAGUUCUUUUAGUACUCUUGGAUGAAGUUCACCAGGCCCUGCAAAUCUUAAUUUAUUUAUAGUAGCUAUGAGGUCCCUAAUACCUGUUUCCCUAUCUUGGGCUGCAGCUUCCUUUCUACAUCAUUUAUUAUAUUUUCACCUUUAAACCGCAUUCCAAUCAGAUUCAGUCACCAUAGUAUACUUUGUGGCUGAAUGAGAAUAUGAAUCUGCAUUGUCCUGGUUUUAGUCUGAAAGUGCUUCCAGACAGGUGGUUAUUGUGGGAUUGGUGCUCCUCCUGCAUGCAAGUUUUUUGCAGGGUCCGUAUGAUGUUGUUGGCAUCAAAAUGGCAGCCCAUAUUCCCUCCCAUUGAAUCUGGAUUUUUUCCUUCCUGGGGGAAAUCCCAAAAGUUUGAGCAUGCCAAUACCCUGGUUGCAGUCUGGAAGUCCCCUGACACACUAACAACUGCAUUACAAUGGUUCACUACUGAGAUCCUGUCAAACCCACUUUUCUUACUAUUUUGAAUUCAAAAUCAGGGUGUUGCAGUGAAAUGAACGUAUUCCCAUGUGCUAUAAAAUGCUGUGCCCAUAGUUAUGCACCUCGCCACCCACGCACCACACAAUGCUAGACUAAAAAAAAUAAAAUCAAAUUACAGUGUUCUUGAAAUGCUAUCAAUUAAGAAAAAAAUUACUGUUACUAUAAAUUACUGUUUCAUUGUUUUAGGGAACUUGUAGAAAAUGAUGAAAAUUACAUUGAGGUGCCCUUGAUUUUUGACCCUGUGAAAGAAGCUGAUUUCAAUACAGACUUCACAUGUGUUGCCCAUAAUAGUCUCGGGCAUGAAAUACGUGCAGCACAAGUAAAGCAACAAGGUAUGUGUCUGUGUACGAAUACUAUUAUUGUCCUACUUGUUAAUGUAUGGUUCAGCUCUGCCAGAUGUUACCAGGGUUGAGAACCUGAUUGUGCAUCAUGGCUGCGUUGGUAACUGCAAAGAGAAUAUCUAAUUCUUCCAACUCAAGAUAGGGCUAGGGUUAACCCCUUGUUUGAAAGCCUGGGGGGUGCUGUCAGUCAGUGUAGACAGCAUUUGGCUACAUGGAACAAUUCUCGGACAGCAUAAGCGUGUUUGUUGGGCUAAGAGAGAGUGGUUCCACGAGGUACAGCGGUACCUCGGGUUACAAAUGCCACGAGUUACAAACUCCACUAACCCGGAAGUAGUACCUUGGGUUGCGAACUUUGCCCCAGGAUGAGAAUGGAAAUCGCGCAGCCGCAGCGCGGCAGCAGCAGGAGGCCCCAUUAGCGAAAGCGCGCCUCAGGUUAAGAACAGUUUUGGGUUAAGAACGGACCUCUGGAACAAAUUAAGUUCGUAACCCGAGGUACACUGUAUUAUGAAAGAGGGAUCAAGGAACUCCCUAUCCACUUUCUUCAAAUAUGGCUGGCGUCUCUUGGAAAUGGGAUAUUGGGCAAGAUUAUACCGUAUUGGCCCGAAUGUAAGCUGCACCCAAAUAUAAGCCGCACCUUUAAAAUUGGAGGGGGGGGGAAGAAAAAAAGAAAAAAUACCUGAAUAUAAGCCGCUCCCUUCCUCACUGCUCCUGGCUGCAUACUGGGGGCGGGGCGGUGGGGCAGCCGCACUGUGUUGCUGGCGGCCUUUCCUCUUCCUUGCUCUCUCCCUUCUGAAUUGGGGGGGAAAGUGAGGCUUAUAUUCAGGCCAAUACGGUAUUUCCCCAGAUCUAGCAGAGCUGCUCUUCUUUUAUGCUGUUAAACAUUUUAACUGAGUUUCUUCCAUUUUUCUUCCUCAAAUGUCAUAUGACCUUUCUGAGAAUUCAAUACUCCAUUUGAAAUAUGUGGGCUUUAUGAAAUAACACCCCUACUUUUUUAUUUAGGCUUUGCAAAGUUUGACACCAACUUUUAUUUUAUUUUUAUAGAACGCGAUACGUCUUGGUACUUGGCGCUCAUUCCUGUGGCUCUGGUUGUCGCGAUUGCGGGAGGAGUGUGCCUGCAUAAAUGUUGGAAGAGAAGAUCAGCAAGGGGAUAUAUUGCAACCAAAUCCUAAAGGGCAAAAUGUUCUUCUUUUAGCAUAAAAGCAAGCCAACAGCUCAGUAAUCUGCUCCAAUAUAUCAAGAAACCUUUUGGAUGAAAACAAAAAUCACCCAAGACAUUUUGCUGGCAGAGGCAGAAAAGCCUGAUGUAAUUUCCCAUGGUGG